GUUCACAACAACGAAUAUUGUAUUACCAUCUCAUGCAGACUCUCGAGGCCUCAUUUACGGAGGUGUUGUUUUAGGUUGGAUCGAUUUGGCUGCUGGAAUGUCUGCAAAAAGACAUGCUGUUGGAGUACGUGUAGAGACGGAACAUCCAAUAACUGGAAACAUACUUAACAUUUGUGGCUCUCAGUCGUGGAAAUUCGAGAAUUCCAGUACCACUAGAUCUGAAAAUUUGCCUGUAACUGUACCUCGAAUUGUACCAAAUACUGUCAUUGAAACGCAUCGAUAUGAAUUAGCUGAACAACGUCGUCAAGCUCGUAUAUCUCAAUCUAAAAAUGCUAAAAUAGAACGAGCUAAAUUAACUAAAGUACGAGAAGUAAUGCAUGAAUGGGCAGAACAUAUGAAUAUGGAAACAAAAAGUAGUGCUGAGAUACCACCUCUUUUACAAGAACCUGAUGCUUAUGAAGAACAGAAUGAUAAUUUAGAUAAUGAUCCUGCAAAACUAUAUCUUCGUAGGAGAAGAUCAACAUUGCAAGGCAUCCUUCCAACACAACCUGAUGAAAAAUUGAUGUCUGAAAGUUUUGCAGAAAUAGCAGAUAUUAUAUUACCACAGCAUGCCAACUCAUUGCAGAUUACCUUUGGUGGUUAUAUUAUGAGAUUGAUGGAACAAUGUGCUCUUGUUAGUGCUUUUAAACAUUCCAGAAGAUUUUUAUUAUUAGCGAGUAUUGAUUCUCUUCAAUUUAUUAGACCAACUUAUGUUGGUGAUUGUGUAACAGUACGUUCUAUUGUGUCUUGCACAUUCCAUUCAAGCUUAGAAAUGUAUGUGUCUGUGGAAGCUGAAAAUGUCUUAACAGGUGAAAGGUUCUUCACUAAUGAUGGAUUCUUUACAAUAGUUGCCGUCGAUUUUUCAAAUAUACCAACACCUGUUUCACAUAUCAGACCAGUUCAACCACAUAUGGUAGAAAUAUUUGAAGGCGCGAGAACACGGAGAAAUCACCGACUUCUGCAACGCAAGGAAAUAAUACAAAAAGAGUUGUCUACGCAUCCUGAAGAAUUUGAGCAA